UAUAAUUCAUACACUGUAAAAUUUACGCUUUUAAAGUACCCUAUUCAAGUGGUUGUCAGUAUAUUCAGAGUUGUGCAACCAUCACCACUAUCUCCCUUUAAGAUAUUUUCAUCACCCCAGAAAGAAAGCCCAUACCCGUUCACUAGCAGUCCUUCCCUCUCCGUUCCUACACUUGGCUCCUGGCAACCUCUUUCUGUCUUUCUGGAUUUGCCUGUUCUGGACAUUUCAUGUAAAUGGAAUCAUACAAUGUGUGGUCUUUUGUGACUGGCUUCUUUCACUUUGCAUAAUGUUUUCACAACUUAUUCACGUAUCAGUGCCUUAUUUCUUAUAUGUGGUUCCAACUUAUAUUCAUCAUCACCCGAACCAUAGUACGCCAGUUAAAAUAAUUUUGAGUUUUUUGAAGGCAGAAACCAUUCUGUUUCUUUUCGGUCCCCCUCAUAGUACGGAAUAUAAUACUUGUAUGCAGGAGGGUGAUUAAAUACUUGUUGACGGAUGUGCAUGUACCUUGAUGACCGAGUCACGUUUCUGCAGCCGUUGGGCAGUUUUCAGACGCGGCAAUGCUGCGCCAGCGCUGUGUGUGUGUGUGACACGCGGUGCUCGGUGAAGAGGCCGUGAACUUCCUCAGUGUGUCUGGCUGCCGCUCCUCACGGGUCCCCCCCCCGUAAACAGCACGGUUGUCUGCUGAGGGGCGCAUGUUCUGCUAUUUCUGUUCUGUGACUUUCUCGGUGAUUGUUUUUAGUUCUGCGUUCCAGAGGCUAAUUUAAUUGUGUGAGUGUGCAAGGUGUUGAUUACCCACAUCUACCGCCUGACACUGGCAGCGAUUCUCUGCCACUCGGGGCCCAGCUCAGCCCGGGACCAGAUCUAACGUGGUUGAAUCACAGCAGUCUGUAGAAUUUCAACUUUUGUUUGACAUUUGAAGCAAACUGCCAUCAGUAGGAGCACAUGGUAGCUUCUUUUUCAGGAGAUUGGGGUGGUUUCUAGUGAAACUGUGCUCUCUCCCCACAUCAGCUCAGCUCUUAGAACAGCAGAACUGGGGAGCUCUUCAGAGAGAACUGGUCUCUGAGUCGGUGAGUGUCUAAACGAAGCGUUCCUAAUUUUUGAAAUUGUGAACUGCUUUUGUUGGCUUAUUAUCAUCAUCUCUCCUUCAUCUUCAAAUAUGUAAAUACCUUGCAAAAUGAGGGUUACAAUUGCUGAAUGGUAUAAGAAAAUACUGGAGGUAAAUGUGGUAGAUUGAACACAUUUACCUCCACUUCCUUCAGAAACGCUGCUAAAAUGACAAUAAAAGGAUUUUUUUUUAAUGUGUAAACUUAUGAGAACAAAGAAUGGGAGAGAAGAGAAUAAGAGACAAGGAGUUCCAAAUUUUUAGAAGCUGGAAGGUAAACGAAGACUGAGCAGAACAGAACAGGGGAAGUUGGAAUAUUGGUGCCUACAGAAGCAAACCCAUUCACCCCGGAGCGCUUAGAAAGCCUACGGAAUUGGAGGCAGCCGGUAUCACCACUGGUGGUGCAGUAGUUAAGCACUCGGGUACUAACUGAAAGGUCAGCGACUAGAACUUACCAGCUGCUCUGUGGGAUUGAGGCGUCUCAGGCAGAGCAAAGAGCAGCGACCCUGGACUGACAAGACGGUCCCGAAAGGCCUCACACUCAAAGGAGAGCCCCCCAGCCAUGUCCCCACCUGCUCCCAGAGCGCUGAGACCAGGCAUGAGGAUUACAGGAAUCCUUUCUGGAAAAAAUGAACAGCAUCAGUGUCACUAUUGGUCAGGAGCAGCUCAGUGGCAAUGGGUUGGGUUGGGUUGGGUUUAUUAGAGGCAAAGGCCUGCAGUUGCUAGCAUUUGGUGGUUCCUCAAAGAAAAAGCUAAUUUUCUACCCCAGCUAAUGUGAGUCUACCCUAAAACGGUCCUUACCAGUUCACAAACUUGCUUGUGUUCACACAGCUUCCAGUGUUUUCAUUGCCUCGCUUUUUUGUUGUUGUUACCUUUUAUUUUGAAAUAAUUACAGAUUCACAGAAAGUUGCAAAAGUAGUAGAGAGAUCCCCUGUACCCUUCACCUAAUUUCCUGUAGACAGUAUCAAAGCCAGGAAAUUGACAUUGGUGCCGUGUGUGUACACAAUACAGGUGCCAUUUUAUUGCAUAUGUAGAUUCGUGUAACUACCACAGCAACCAAGGUACAGAACUAUUCCAUCACCACAGAGAUCCUUCAGUGCUUUUAAAUAGAAAUGGACAGCCAAGGAUCACUGGACAUAUUCGAGAGCUUCCAGCUUAGAAAGUAGAAGCCAGAAUAAACAAAUUGAAAAAGGUCUCUCAGAAGAAACAGAGUUGAUACAGCAAACAGAAGAAACCCUCAAAACACAUAGUGAAUAUACUCUUAGAAAUAGGAGUCAUUAUUGCUCUAAGGUUGGCUGAAAGUCCCCAGUCCAACCCAGUGUUACGUGGGACUCAGGGGCCUGAUGUUUAUCAUAUGUGCAACAGAAUUGCUCUGUAACCCACAGUACUGCUCAUCUGUGAACCGGAAAGAACAAUGUCUUAGCCUCAGAUCUUGGGUAGGAGGAGGGGCAGGCUCUGGGGACUCUGGAAUUUUUGUAAGGAGUCUGCGAUUUCAUGUAGGUCCCAAGCAUGAUCCGAAGCCUAAAUAGGCAAAACUGAAAUAACUGUUGUGUAGGGAUCCACAUUUUAAAACACUUACAUUAAAAAGGCAUUCUUAUUUUCAGAAAGUUCACUAACUACAAAAUUAAAAUAGUAAACUUUGUAUGGGGUACCUGGAUGGCACAAAAGGUUAAGUGCUCAACUAAUGGCUGAAAGGUUGGCGAUUUGAAACCACCCAGAGGCAUCUUGAAGACAGGCCUGGCGAUCUGCUUCUGAAAAGUCACAGCUGUGAAAGUCCUGUGGAGCAUUUCUACUCUGCACACAUGGGGUCGCCAUGAAUUGAAAUAGACUCGAUGGCAGCUAACAGCAACAAACUUUGUGUGGUCUUUCCUCUCCCUCCGUACCCACUUCCCCAUGAUCUACCCUGUUACCCCCAGCAGGGGCCUGGCACCCACUACACAGUAAGUUUUCCACGAGACUGUUUAGUCCAUAUUUUACGUUGUUGGGUGCCGCUCAGUUGAUUCUGAUUUGUGUUGACCUUAUGUGAUGGAGUGGAACUGUCCUGUAGGGUUCCUAGGCUGUGAUCUUUACAGGAGCAGAUUACCAGGUCUUUCUCCCAAGGAGCUGCUGGGUAGUUCAAACCUCCAACUUUUCAGUUCACAGUCAAGUACUUAACCAGUGAGCCACUAGGGCUCCUUCCACAUUUUAUGGAUUGAUUAGAAUAGUCUCCUGCUUCUUUCCCUUCCUCUUAUAUCUCUUAGAACAAAAUUCCCGUAUGAAUAAAACAAAACAAAACCAAAAAAAGGAAACAACAACAAAAAAAGAAAUAAAAGGCAAUAUAUUAUCCACGAAAUAAAAGCUUGGAUGCUUUAAAAAUCAGAAUAAGAAGGAGUUCUUAGAAAUUAAAAAAAUAAUUUUUUUUUUCAAGUUGACAAAGUCUCCUAGGAAAUAAGAAAAAUGUUUAACACCUAGGAGAUCUAUGAAGAGAGAAAAGGCAAAAGAAGAACAGAAAUGUAUCAGAGAAACAGGAAAUCGUUCCAGAAUUGAUAGUCACAAGGUUCCAGAAUGGUGGAUGGAAAAAGUCGUAACUAUGGCACAUUGUGAAGUUCCAGAACACUGGGGAUAAAGCUUCCAAAGACAGAAAACAGGUCAUGCACAAAAGAUGGGGAGAAUAAGAAUGACAUGGGGUUUUCAAUCACAUUGGAAGAUUAAACUAAUGUAGAACUACCUCUACUACCAUCACUUAAAAAUGAUGUAUAAACUAUAACAAAAAGAUUUUAAAUAUAGAACUGACCUUAUAAGAAAGAAAGGGAUAGCCAAGGGACCAAAAAUGGAGGGAACUUAAAGCCAGAGUAGGCCUACUGAUGUCAUGGCAGCUCUGGGGGUGUUUCUUGAACCCAGAAAUAGGUCCUAUAACAAUAAUAGAGAUUUGGAUUUUAAUGAACAUGUAAAGUAUGGAAUUGAAAUGGAAAUCUUCUCAGAGGUCCAUUCUCUGGUCAAAGGGACAAACCCUCACCCACCCCCAAAAAGACCCCACCAAAUUUACUGCUGUCAAGUCGAUUCUGACUCAUAGUGACCUAUAAGUCAGAGUAGAACUGCCCCAUAGGGUUUACAAAGCUGUAAAUCUUACGGAAGCAGACUGCCACAUCUUUCUCCUGUGGAGCAGCUGGUGGGUUUGAACCACCGACCUUUUGGCUAGCAGCCCAGCACUUUAACCACUGCACCACCAGGGCUCCUUAAGGAGCAAAAGGAGUACCAAAAAAUCUCUCCUGUUGGACCAGAGAAAUGGCGAGGAAGUUCAUCGUUGCCCUAUACUCUGGGUAGUAUUAGAGAAGUCUUCCAUGAGCAAUGGAGACAUCGAAGUUUGAAGUCCAUAUUUAUAAUACUCACCUGGUGCAAGAAUUUCCCAACUAGCAGUGGAUGGUGAAACCCCUGGAGCUCCCUGCAGAAGCAAAGGGAAAACUUGUCUAGUGUGACCCGUCCACAGUUGCAGGCCACCUGGAAUCUUACAAUCCUCGUCAACGACGAACUCAUGCUAGGAAAUUACAGAACACAUAGAAAUUAUAAGCAAGAGUCAACUGCCAUAACAAACAGAAGAAUUCCCAAUGUAAGAACUGAGAUAAUAUAAAUAUUUAAAGUGAUUGACGAGCUAAAAGAAGGAAUAGUGUCUUAGUCAUCUAGUGCUGCUGCAACAGAAAUACCACAAGUGGGUGACUUUUACAAAGCGAAGUUUAUUCUCUCACAGUCUUGUAGACUACGAGUCCAAAUUCAGCAUGUCAGCUCCAGAGAAGGGCUUUCUCUGUCGGCUCUGGAGGAGAGUCCUUGUCCUCAAUCUUUCCCUGGUCGAGGAGCUUCUCAGCACAGGUACCUGGGUCCAAAGGACACACUGUGCUCCUGGCACUAGUUUCUCGAUGGCAUGAGGUCCCCCGUGUCUCUCUGCUUGCUUCUCUUUUUUAUAUCUCAAAAGAGAUUGGCUCAAGACACAGUCCAGUCUUGUAGAUUGAGUCUUACCUCAUUAACAUGACUGCCACUCAUUCCAUCUCAUCAACAUUAUAGAGACAGGAUUUAUAACACAUAGGAGAAUCACAUCAGAUGACAAAAUGGUGGAUAAUUACAUGAUACUGGGAAUCAUGACCUAGCCAAAUUGAUACACAUAUUUUUGGGGGACACAAUUCAAUCCAUAACAAAUAGAAAUCAAAGGAAAGACAAUGCCUAAAAAAAACUGUGUAUUAAAAAAAAAUUCAGAGAUGAAAACUCUAAUCAUUGAAUUUAAAUCCAAUGGAGAUGUUAAAUGGCAGAAUGAACACAAUUUAAGAGAGAAUUUGUGAACUGGAAAACAGGUCUGAAGAGAUUAACCAGAAUUCAAUAUAGAGAGAUAAAGAGAUGGUUUUUUAAAAAAAGAAAUUACGGACAUGGAGGAUAGAAUGAGAGGAUCCAACAUAUGUCUAAUGGGAGUCCCGAGAGGAGAGAAUAGCAUGUUAGAAUCAGCUUGAGAGAAAAGAUUACCCCAAAGGUUCACCAGUCAAACUCAGCAGAUUUCUAAGUAGCAACAGUAGAGGCCAGACCACAGUGGAAUAAAAUCUUCCAAGUGCUAAGGAAAAGAAAUUGCAGGGUUAGUUUUCAGUAACCUGCUUAAGUUACUCAAGAGUGAGAACAAAAUACAUUUUCACAGAAAGAAAAAAUGGAGGUUGUCCCUAACAGACUCUUACUGUGUUUCAGGGAGAUGGAAACUAAAACCAGGACAAAAAAGGAAUGUUGUGCAAAGGCUGGUCCCCCCGAUGACAUGUCCAAAGUGCAUGAGACAGAGCCUCACCAUCCCUGUUUCUAGGAGCACACUGGCUGUACUUCCUUCAAGACAGAUUUGUUCGUUCCUCUGGCAGUCCAUGGUGUAGCCAAUAUUCUUCACCAACACCACAACUCAAAGGCACCAAUUCUUCUUCGAUCUUCCUCAUUCAUUGUCCAGCUUUCGCAUGGAUAUGAGGCAAUCAAAUAUACCGUGGCUUUAGUCAGACAUUCCUUUGUCCUCAGAGUAACAUCUUUGCUUUUUAAGAUUUUAAAGAGGUGUUUUGCAGCAGAUUUGCCCAGUGCAACAAUGCAUUGUUUGAUUUCUCGACUGCUGCUUCCAUGGGUGUUGAUUGUGGGUCCAAGUAAAGUGAAGUCUUUGACAACUUCAGUGUUUCCUUCACUUAUUGUGAUGUUGCUUACUGGUCCAGUUGUGAGGAUUUUUGUUUUCUUUAUGCUGAGCCACUGUCCGUCUGUAAUUUAAAUUCUCCACGGACGUUAAUUUGAUCGCUCUUCCCAAACAGCAUGAAUAUUAGUUCUUAGGUCUCAGCCAUCUGUGUCCUGCAGUUCCUUUUCUGAUCAUGCAUGUGUCUAGUCAUGGGUUUAAAAAUCCUGCGCAUGCUCCUUGGUGGAUUUUUAGAAUCAUGGCAUCUUAGGGCUUUAUCCCCAGAGAGGGCUAGUGGCACAGCCAGUCAUUGUGCUGAGCACAACUUCCCCAAUGCUGUCUGGUGAGGGUGGGCUAGGGCUGUCUCGUACGAGUGGUUGGCUUGUCGCUGACAACUCAUAAAAUGAUUGUGAAUGUCUCACACUGCACAUCUCUGGAGAUGGAACUGCCUUGAGGACUGAAUCGUCCCUCCGCUGGCUGGGUUGUGCCUCAGGCUGCCCUUUCUGUCCCACCUUCUAACUUGGGGGCUUUGGCCCACAUUAGUGCAGUCUCGGUUGGAGGAAUUUUGGAACUACGUUAGUCCCUCCUCCUGGAUUAAGAUGGAUUUCCGAGGCCAGAGCAGUGCCACCGCUGGCCGUUAUGGCCUUUCUUAGGGUGACCCGGGACCAGGAGAGAUGGUUGCUGGCACCCUUCUGUAGAGAAUGGAAUUUUAAUCUCAUACCCAUAUCUGCACCACAUCUGGUAAAAACGUGAGGAUCUGCAGUAGAGAAGAAAGUUUUCCUAACUGCUGGAUUUCCUCCACCAGGUCCUUUUCCACUGGUCUGUCAUGGUGCCAGUCCCCACUCUGUGCAUUCGGCAGUUAGUAAAAUGAGAUUUUUGCUCACCUGUACACAGGUGCAUUAGAAUAACAGCAUGUGUGUUGUGUCCAUAGUGGCUGGGCAGGCAGGAGGCCCAUACGAUACUUCAGCUACGUCAGAGCCUCCAGAAGGUAGUGGGACUUCUCUUGGUUUUGCAAACAUAACAUUGAGCUUGUAGUGUUAAGAGUAGAGAUUGAGUAUUAAUAUUUAACGGUCUGUUUCUUAAACUGGAUUCUUGGAGCUCAGCCCUCACAUGUAAAUCAGUGGGAAGCGGUGGAGUGGUUUGGUUGUUGUUGUGUGUGUGUGUGCGUGUGUGUGUUACUAACAUUGGUUUGGGUUGUACCUCACCUGUGCUGACCUCAUUCUAGUGACUUGGGACACUGAAGGAUAGGGAAGGCAUAGCUGUCAUAGUUGGGGAGUUCAGGAAGUUGAGGGACGAGGCUGUCUGUGCUCUCGGUUGGGGUCAGCCUGUCUGUGGGGCUCUCUGGCCAGGGACUUCGGCAGUAUGGAUCGGGCAGGUUUUGAAGUCUGUCCUUGGUUUUGGGACUGGCUGUUAGGACCAUAACCGACUGAUGCAAGACUCCAAUUUGCCUUCUUCAGAUCCCAGGCGUCUUGUCUCAUUCUCCUUGGUUUCCUGUGCUUUUACCAGGUCCCUGCUUCUCUCUGAAAAAGGCGUCUUUGCAGCACACCAUCUCAGCGUGUUGUGGAAAGAUGUAGUUUUAGAUUGUAGCUAAUGGAAGAACCAGUUGUUUUGACAUAGUCACUCCUGGAUGGGUCCUGACAUCUGCCUGUCCCUGCAGGGUGGAGUCUCCUGAUCUGCUGUGUGUCUGUCCUGGUGCAGCUCGACUGUGUGUCUGUCCUGACGUGACUUGGCUGCAUGUCUGUGUCCUGGUGUGGCUGUGUGUCUGUCCUGGGGGAGCUGUGUGUCUGCCCUGGUGUAGCUGUGUGUCUGUCCUGGUGGGGCUCAUUGUGUGUGUGUCCUUGUGGGGCUGUGUGUCUCCUGGUGCGGCUCGCUGUGUGUCCCUGGCUUGCUGUGUACUGUCUACUCCGUCCACUGGUAUGGGUCUGAGCCUCAUAGGUAUUACAAAAGCUGAACGCUACUGGAAGCCAGAAGUCAGGAACUCCAUAGGAAGAUCAGACACCCACCCCCACCCCCACACCUCAGCCCAGCCCUGCCUCAGUGAGGACCGGGCCCCUGGGAAUGUGUUGGCCAGGCUCCCUGCCUUUUUUCUCUUACUGCCUUGUUCUACCGUAUUUGCAUUUUUAAAAAUAGCAGUGCUGAGUGCAUCCCUUUCUGUCCCAGUCUGCCUGGGAGGUGGAAUGUGUUCUGCAGAGCGUGGCUAUCGAUCGAGCAAGUUCCUAAGCUUCUGGGGGCGUGGACAGCGCCACACCGUGGACGUUCUGGGCAGAGGCUGAAACUGCGCUGCAGGAGGGAUGCUGGCAGUUAGGAGGAAAUGAAAGGGGUCCUGACCACCGUGGGGUGGGGGGACUGCACCAGCGACACGAGUGGGCGUGUCCACCCCCAGGGUGGGUCUGUCUCAGGUUGAGUUGUACAACGUCCUGGGUGAGCUGUAUUUUACCUUACCCCCUUGUUCCUGCCCAGUAACCCUGUUCUACAUGUCGGGUUCACAUGACCUCUGUAUAAGCCCGGAGGCUGCUUUCCUGCCCAGUGUGAAAGCACAAGAGUGUGAGGUCUGCCAAAACCUCCUCUUGCAGUGGCUGAUUUUAGGGCCUGGCGUCCAGAAGUGGGGUAUUCUAGAGCUCAGAUGCAUUUCCAUCUGUUGUGUUAGUUGUCACCGAGCUGGCCCCGACUCGUGGCGACCCCAUCCAUAACAGAUCAAAAUGUUGCCUAGUCCUGCACCAUCUUCACGAUCGUUGGUAUGCUCCAAUCCACCCUGACGGCUGUGUGUCAGUCCAUCUCACUGAGGCUCUCCCUCGUUUUCACUGACCCUCCACUUUACCAACCAUGAUGUCCUUGUCUAGUGAUUGGCCUUUCUUGAUGUCGUGUCUGUUUUUAGUCUCCAGAAAAGUGAAUUCCUUCAGGUUUGUGAUAGAAUGAGUUCAGGCUGCAGGGGCCUUCCUAAAACAGUCAGAGCAAGAGGAGCCCUCGGUGGGCUGUCGCCAGCGACGCGGGUUUAGUGGACGAAGAUUUAGCAUGUCCAUACCUGGGCGUUUCCUCCACUGGUGUUGUGUGGUGUUACUAAGUAUUGCCCUCUUUUUCUCCUUUUAAAAUGCAAGGGGUUAACAUGCCAGUCGCCUUGUGUGUCAGGUGGUUGGAUUUGAGGUUCCUUCCUGUAGGCGUGGAGCAGUUGUGGGAGUGGCUAGGAUAAACUGGGCUCAGGAGGAACGGUGCAGAGACCCGCUGCUGCGCCGCUGCAGUGAGAAAGAACAGCCCUGCUCAGUUAUGUAGAAAAGAUUUUAGGAAGCAGGGCCCUGGGUCUUGCAUGCUGGGGUCUGGUUUCUAGUAGGGGGAACUGGGUGUGAGGGCUUACCCCAGGGCUCCCCGCUGAGGAUAAAGACCUUCCUCCUGAGCUGGUGAUGAGGAUUCAGGUGGCCUGGGAAGCCCACUGGGAUCUGCGACACUCAGGCCUCUUCCCUCCUCCGUCUGUGCUGGGUCUGAGCUGGUGCCUGCUGUGCAGCGCUUCCCCAUCCCCUCCCUGUCCCCUCCCUGCCUGGCAGGUCAGUGGCAGCCUCUGCAGACCCAGCUCAGCACCCCGCUUCCAGCACUGACUCCCCCUUAGCGUGUGUCCCUUUACCUGGUACAGGUGUGUCUGGCUUCAGAAUUAAAAAGGGUAAAAAAGUUUGACCCUGUACACGAGUGGUGGCUACUUGCAUACUGUAAGAUUUUCUGUAAGUAAGAGUCCUGAUGGCACAGCGGUUAAGAGCUUAGCUUCUAUGGAUUGGACUGGACAAAUGGGUUGGAGAGGGAUGCUGGUGAGGAGUGAGCUUCUCGGAUUGGGUGGACACUUGAGACUAUGUUGGCAUCUCCUGCCUGGAGGGGAGAUGAGAGGGUGGAGGGGGUUAGAAGCUGGCGAAAUGGACACAAAAAGAGAGAGUGGAGGGAGAGCGGGCUGUCUCAUUAGGGUAUAUGGGUUUUUGUGUGAGAGACUGACUUGAUUUGUAAACUUUCACUUAAAGCACAAUAAAAAUUAUUUAAAAAAAAAAAAAAGAGUUUGGCUUCUAACCAAAGGUUGGUAGUUCAAAUCCACCAACCACCCCUUGGAAACCCUAUGGGGCAGUUCUUCUCUGUCCUGUAGGGCCACUAUGAGUCGGAAUCAACUUGACGGCAACAGGUUUGAGUUCUUUAAGUAGCUCCCCUGGUAUACCCCAAAUCCCUUCAAUUUGUAAAGUUCUUUUUCCAUAAGGCUUUUUAGUAGUACAUCUAAAUCCAGGCACGCCUGUGCGUGGUGUCCAUUCUUUGUACAGGCUACCUGAUGUGGCUCUGACUUUUCCAGCUGAGCCAGGACCUCCUUGGAGAGAGGCUGCUAGAGCCCGUGCAGGCCUCUCCCCAGUGCGCAGCCUGAACCCGUCCAGGACUUCUCCCCAGUGCACAGCCGGAGCCCGUCCAGACCUCUCCCCAGUGUGCAGACGGAGCCCGUCCAGACCUCUCCCCAGUGUGCAGCCGGAGCCCGUCCAGGCCUCUCCCCAGAGCCCCACUGUGGGCGCUUUUGUAGCCCACAUGGACCAGAAAUAUCUCUUCCCUUAAGCCAGCCUGUGUGGGGGUCUGUGAGUGGGCGCUCGGAACUGAGCUGACAAAGGUAGAGAGAGGUGUUAAGCAGGUAGAAGUCAGAGGCCCUGCAGGCAUUGCAGACAAGGAGCUCUGGAGUCGUGGCUGGCAGGGGUGUUGGAGCUUGUCUAGUCCAGGACACCCAUCCCAGCUGAGGCGUUCAAGAGCCCAGCAGGUGGUGAGACGUCAGGGGCAUGCGGCCCCAUGGCAGCCUCUGCAGAGACCUGGUUCUCAUGUCUGGCCUGCAACCUGCACGGGUCUGAGUGGCACAGGCUGCCUCCGAGUGGUGGCUGCAGCCUCUUCCUGUGGCUUUAGACUUGGACUUGAACAUGCUUUUCCCCCUGUUGUCAGUGGUCUGCUUUUUGGUUUUUAAGUGUUUCUGCCCCAUCUCGUGUCCCAAUAUGAGGAGCCGUGGGUAAGCCUUGGGAGAGUGUUCUUAGGACUUCAUGAUCAAACCAAGAGGUGACAUCAACCACCAGGAGCUCCCGGGUCUGCAGAGUCACCAGGUCAGCAGAUGCCCAGUGAUACCUGUGCCCAGCACCCAGCAACUGGACGGGUGUCCAUUUCACCUGCCUCGAAAUUGUAACUGCAGGUGCUUGAUAAACACGCAGGAGGCUGGUUUGGGUUCAGGGGGGUGUGUUUCUGCACACGGGGUCCCCCCUGGACUCAGAUGCAACCCCGCCAGGCCCCCGUCCUCCUGGACAGCACAUCCCAGCACUGGUGUUUCCCCCAAACUGGAAAGUCCCUCAAAGCAGCUCAGGGAGGUGAAGUCGCCUGUAACAAUUCUCCCUCCUCCUCCGCCACCUUUCAGACACUAGUCGGAGGGCUGGGGUUUGGGGUGUGCAUCCGAAUCACUCUGGGAGCUUGUUUGAAAUACUGUCCUAGAGGCUGUGGAAGAGGUGGCGGGUUGUAAGUCUGGGACCCAUAAAAGGCCCCCCCGCCACAUUCCGAUGCCCUUCUGUUGGGGAGCACUGUUCCGUGAGGUCACUUUUAAUGUGCGUCGGAUAUCCUGGAAAAGUUGCUGACAUUCAGGUGGGAGCCUGAGACUGCAUUUCCAAGAACCUCCCAGGGGACGUGGCUCCAGGGUCCCCACUGGCAGGGUCAGCACUUCUGGUCAGCAGGCUUUUAUUGCCCCGGGCGGGGUGGAAAGGCUGUGCUGGAGAGCAAAGACUGGUUAGCAGAACCAGGCCCUGGCCUCUGGCCCUGGCUGACCUUGGCAGGUCACUGCCUCCUCUGUGGCGUGAGAGCCAGAAAACGGUGUCUCUCUUCUGGAGGUGAGGGUCGAAAGAGCCAGCACACCGGGUUCUCCUCAGCACAGGGCCCUGCAAGGGGCAGCCCCAUGAUCACUGCCCGGACCCUCCUCCGUAAAGUGACCUGACAGCAGCAGACCAAGGUCUGGAGAGCAGUGUUAAGGCGCUGAGCCCUCUCUGUUGCCUGGACAGCUGGUCUGCUCUCUGCUCACUCUAGGGGAUGCCUUCCUGGUCCUGUGGAAAAUGGCCCCUCUGGGCCCACUAGCUGGGUGGGAUAGCCCCUCCAACCGGACGUGAACAGAAUGGGAAGUUACUUCUUGAGGAGGGAGGGCUUCUCCUGAAGAUGUCGUCUAUCCUCCCCUUGAAGCGCAAAGGUCCCAGACAGUCCUUGUCCCCUUUAAGCCAGGCUGAUAAGCCCAGGGCCCAGCUGAGGGGGGAUAGCGCUGGGCUCCUUCUCGGGGCCGGCCCCUGCUGCUGGAAUGCCACGCUGCGGGCCAAGCACACAGACUCUGCAGAGGCUCUGCAGCCCGGGCACCAGCUGGCCUCUUGCCACGCGGCUCCCGGUCCUUCCCCUCACUUAGCAGACAGCUGGCGUCCGUCCCCUUUCUCUGUCCCCUUGGGCAGGCUGCAGCUGCAGUUCCAGGCAGUGAUGCACACUUGUUGCGUUGCCCAGCCCUGAUUGCAGCUCUGCAGUCAUUGGGAGAUCAGGGAGAGGGUUCCCGGGGUACAGGGUGGCCCUGGGGCGUGAGAGUACGAGGCCGAGGGUGAGAUGCAUCCCAUUGCUGCCCCCUGCCUGUAUCUCUGGUGAGCAAGACCCUGUGCAGCAUGGCCCUUCCUGGCUUCCCCUCCCUCAGCCAUUGGAAAAUAAGAAUGAUGGCCAUUCAUGCCCUUGUUUUGGACUGAAUUGUGUCCCCCCAAAAUAUCUGUCAUCUUGGCUGGGCUGUGAGUUCCAGUAUUGUGUGGUUGUCCAUCAUUUUGUCAUCUGAUGUGAUUUUCUUAUUUGUUGUACAUCCUGCCUCUGUGAUGUUAAUGAGGCAGGAUUAGAGGCAGUUACGGUAAUGAGGCAGGACUCAAUCUACAAGAUUAGGUUGUGUUUUAGGUCUAUCUCUCUUGAGAUAUAAAAGAGAAACAAGCAGAGAGACAGAGGGACCUCAUACCACCAAGAAAACAGCAUCGGGAGCAGAGGUCGUUCUUUGGACCCAGGGUCCCUGUGCUGAGAAGCAACUAGACCAGGGAAGGUUGAUAACAAGCAUUUUCCCCCAGAGCCAACAGAGAAAAAGCCUUUCUCUGGAGCUGGCACCCUGAAUUUGGGCUUCUGGCCUCCCAGACUGUGAGGGAAUAAAUUUCUUUUUGUUAAAGUCACCCACUUACGGUACGUCUGUUAUGGCAGCACUAGAUAACUAAGACGGUCUCCUACACAGUGCAGCAUUGUGCUUGUUAUCACUGGGUGCUGUCCAGUCAAUUCCGACUCGUAGUGACCCCAUGCGACAAAGUAGAACUGCCCCACAGGAUUUCCUAGGCUGUAAUCUCUACAGAAGCGGAUUGCCAGGUCUUUUCUCCUGAGGAGCCGCUGGUGGGUUAGCAGCGGAGCCCAGCAGGGCUCUUAGCAUUGUGUUUACUUGUGUGUGAGUAUUGGCAGAUAUUUUUAUUUUGCCUCCCCUAUCCAGGUGUAAGUUCUUUAAAGCCAAGACACGUUCUUUAUUGUGUAUUUAUAUUCUUGUCUAGCCUAGGACCUAUAGAAAACACCCUCUAAUUAUUGAAUUAGUUGAUGUCCGUCUUUUGUUUUAGCUGAGCAAACAAUUUAGUUUCUGCUGCACACAAUUGACAGAAUUUUCUUGUUUGGGGCCCCAACGUUUGUCUUGUCUUCACGUGUAGUUAUGAACCAACUCCGUGAAGCCUAUUAUAUUAAAAAAUCAAGGUACAUACAGUGGUUCUAAUAACAAACGGGUGCUACUUUGCAAUGUGCGUCAAAACACUAUUACUGUAUUAUUAUGUUAAAGAUGUUUUAUUUAGUGUAUCUGGAAGUGUCUAAUGUUUUUUAUGCAUUGAAAAGAGCAGUAUAUACUGUAUCCUAAGACAAACAUUUGACCAACUGACAUUAGACACGAAUGUACCUGACUGUUCUCACUUGCGUACAAGUUUGACUUAAAGAUAGACAUGGGAACAGAACUUGUUCAUAAUCCGGGAACUGCCUGUAUGUGCAUAAGGGAAUGUUUUCCCACACAGUACUUACCCUUAAUACCUCUGAAGCACUCAGAUCUUUUCUUUUUCACGGUUGGCCCUGACCCGCUGAAUUGAUUUCAUAACCCAGGUGUGGGUCAGAACUCACAGUCUGAAAACAUGCUGCUCUAGGGAGCGUUCCAUUCAGAUUUCCAAAGCACUUUCAGAAGCCCACACAGGGAUAACCUUUGCAGUCUGGUAGCUUCUUGCCAAGCCAUCUUAACAUGGUGGGGUGGGGGCAAAGUAGAGAAGGUUGACCAUUGCUGGACCUGCCCUCCCCUGUCACCCGUGCCUGGGCCUGCUCCCUGUACCCUCUUUACUGACAGUGCACGCUCCUUGCUUUAUGCUUGUGUUCUUGUCUAGCCUUGAAUCUGUGGGAAGCACUCAAAAAUUAUUUGACCCCAUUUGUAGGUUCCAGCAGUUUCUCUGCUCCCACCUCCCACAGAUAGGUUGGGUUUCUCAGUUACGGAAGUGUCCAUAAGUGUGCUCACACACGUCCCCCACCAUGUACCGUGCUGAACAGGGUAGUGCUGCUGGCUUAGACCGCUGCCCGCCAUAGGCAGGGCACCCAAGCUCUGCACGCUCACAGACAGCAUCAGAACUGCAGGAGCCCCGUCAGUGCCCGGGAGGGACCUCAGUGGGGAUGGGAGGAGUUGGGUAGGAGGCCCUGAAGUCACCACACAGUUGGAAGCCUGCCCCCCACCACUGAUGAUACCCUGAGUGUACCCUGCGUCAGUGUAUCUAAGACUCAGCUCAGAGUAGGUGGUGGGGCUGGGGUGUUUCUCAGAUUGCUUUUGCCCUCUUGAGGAGUAGCAAGCCUUCAGAAACCCCGGUGCUGCUCUGACCUUUCAGGAAUCUGCUUUGAGUCCUGGCCUGGGCAGACAGCUUCACUCCUGUGUGCCUCUGCCAGGCCUUCUCUUGCCCCUCUUGCCACACAGAGCAUCGGAGGUGGUUUGUUUUUCUUUUCUAAAGAAAUAGCCUGUUUUCCUUGCUGAGGGCUGCAGGGCUUCUGCACACCUGGGGCCUGACUCGAUCCAGCGAAGGUAAGGCCUCACUCGGAACCCAAACCAGGGGCCGUUGCAGGCGGUCCUCAGUUUUCCACUCAAUUUGGCCCAGUGUGGGGUCGGCAGGUAUCAUGUCCCUGGGAUCAGAGGCUGCUUAUUAAGCACCCAGUGGGUGCUGGGCAUGAUGCUGAGCCUUUUGUGUGUCACGCUGCUCCCAGUUGUGAGCUGAAGACCUGGUAUUGAUAACAUCAGUGACCCCCAGAAGACACUGAGACGUUUUCUUUCUGGGACGGAGGAGAAUACCCACAUCCCCCUCUGGCUUGCCCUGGUGUGUGACAGGAGAUGACAGUGGUGUGGCCAGUGGCUUCCAGCCUGUGCCGUCAGUGCCCAGCCAUCACAGGGCCCCUCCUUGGCCUUUUGUGGGGUUUCCUGCAGCUUCCUCUGUGGCACUGGGAAGCUCUAUAGUUUUCUGGAGGCUGGGGGGCCAGUGACAAAGUGAAAUCCCACCUUCUUCCCCUCAGGCAAGUGGCCUGCAGUGACCUGAUGUUCAGAACCACUUGGAAGGAGCCUCUUAAAUUGGCUUCCUUGUGUUUCCAACCUGUGGAUCAACUGACAGCCUCAAGAUUCCCUGUUUCUAUGCCGGGAAUGUUUUUUGUGGUGGACUUGUGUUCCUCCAGGUCAGUCAGGAGCGGGGUUACUCUGGACCGGGAGGUCUGGGAAGAGCUGGUUGCUUCUGCUGGGUUGUUGGCUGUAGGCCUUAAGAUCACGGUCUGGAGAAGCAUGUGUGCCCCAGGGCGCGGGGAGCAGCGGGAGCUGGUGCGGGCCUCCAGGGAGCUCCCUGUUCCUGGGUACAGGCUCCCCAAGCUCAGACGGGACAGGACCUGCAGCCAUCCCCACCCUACCCCUCCUCCCUUGCCAUUUUGUUUCCAACUUGGAGCACCUCAUUUGCUCUACCUUCCAGAUAAAUCCAGAGGGUGGUCCUUUCUCCCGCCUUCUCCACCCACGCUCUGGUCUCAGCACCUCAUUUGCUCUACGUUCCAGCUAAAGCUGGAGGACCGCUCCGUGGUGCCCCGGGACGUGGUCCGGCACAUGCGCUCCACCGACAGCCAGUGUGGGACGGUGAUCGACGUGAACAUAGACUGUGCUGUCAAGCUCAUUGGCACCAACUGCAUCAUCUACCCUGUCAACAGCAAGGACCUGCAGCACAUCUGGCCCUUCAUGUACGGGGACUACAUUGCCUAUGACUGCUGGCUGGGGAAGGUCUAUGACUUGAAGAAUCAGAUCAUCCUGAAGCUGUCCAAUGGCGCCAGGUGCUCCAUGAACACAGAAGAUGGUGCCAAGCUCUACGACGUCUGCCCCCACGUCAGCGACUCGGGCCUCUUCUUUGACGAUUCCUACGGCUUCUACCCGGGUCAGGUGCUCAUCGGCCCAGCCAAGAUCUUCUCCAGUGUCCAGUGGCUGUCGGGGGUCAAGCCUGUGCUCAGCACCAAGAGCAAGUUCCGAGUGGUGGUGGAAGAGGUGCAGGUCGUGGAGCUCAAAGUCACAUGGAUUACCAAGAGUUUCUGUCCAGGGGGCACGGACAGCGUCAGCCCCCCGCCCUCUGUCAUCACCCAGGAGAAUCUAGGCAGGGUGAAGCGUCUCGGAUGCUUUGACCAUGCUCAGCGGCAGCUGGGGGAGCGCUGUCUGUAUGUCUUCCCAGCCAAGGUAGAGCCGGCCCAGAUUGCCUGUGAAUGUCCAGAAAAAAACUGCGCCCAGGGGGAGGGCUCUAUGGCCAAGAAGGUGAAGCGCCUGUUGAAGAAGCAGGUCGUGCGGAUCAUGUCAUGCUCCCCGGACACCCAGUGUCCCCGGGAUCACUCCAUGGAGGACAUGGACAAGAAGGGGGACGCCAAGGCCAGGAGCGAGCCGGGCUCCACCAGCCCUGAGGAGACAGUCGACGGUUCUGCCAGCCCAGCAGAGGUGCAGGAUGAGGGCCCUGAGGAGUCCCCCGAGGCUGGCGAGCACCUGCCCCCCUUCCUGCUGAAGGAGGGCGGAGAUGAUCGGCUGCACUCGGCAGAGCAGGAUGCAGACGACGAGGCCGCCGAUGACACGGAUGACACCAGCUCGGUGACGUCCUCUGCCAGCUCCACCACCUCCUCGCAGAGUGGCAGCGGCACGAGCCGCAAGAAGAGCAUCCCACUGUCCAUCAAGAACCUAAAGCGGAAACACAAGAGGAAGAAGAACAAGAUCACCCGUGACUUCAAGCCGGGGGACAGGGUGGCCGUGGAAGUGGUGACCACCAUGACCUCAGCGGACGUGAUGUGGCAGGAUGGCUCCGUGGAGUGCAGCAUCCGCUCCAACGACCUCUUCCCAGUGCACCACCUGGACAACAACGAGUUCUGCCCGGGGGAUUUCGUGGUGGACAAGCGGGGGCUCCUUCUGCCCCCAGUCCAGAGCUGCCCAGACCCUGCUGUGUACGGCGUGGUACAGUCUGGGGACCACAUCGGCCGCACCUGCAUGGUGAAGUGGUUCAAGCUGCGGCCAAGCGGGGACGACGUGGAGCUGAUCGGAGAAGAGGAAGACGUGAGCGUGUACGACAUCGCUGACCACCCUGACUUCCGGUUCCGCACUACGGACAUCGUCAUCCGCAUCGGCAACACUGAGGAUGGGGCCCCUCCCAGGGAAGACGAGCCGUCAGUGGGCCAGGUGGCCCGCGUGGAUGUCAGCAGCAAGGUAGAGGUGGUGUGGGCUGACAACUCAAAAACCAUCAUCCUGCCCCAGCACCUGUACAACAUCGAGUCCGAGAUCGAAGAAUCCGACUACGAUUCUGUGGAAGGCAGUACCAGUGGGGCAUCCUCGGACGAGUGGGAGGACGACAGCGACAGCUGGGAAACUGACAAUGGGUUGGUGGAAGAUGAGCACCCCAAGAUUGAGGAGCCCCCCAUCCCCGCCGCCGAGCCACCAGCUGCCCCUGAGGAGGACAAGGGCGUGGUCAUCAGUGAAGAGGCCGCCACGGCUGCCAUCCAAGGGGCUGUGGCCAUGGCAGCCCCCAUGGCGGGGCUGAUGGAGAAGGGGGGCAAGGACGGGCCCCCAAAGAGCUUCCGGGAGCUGAAGGAGGCCAUCAAGAUCUUGGAGAGCCUGAAGAACAUGACAGUGGAGCAGCUCCUGACGGGCUCGCCCACCUCCCCCACGGUGGAGCCAGAGAAGCCAACGCGUGAGAAGAAGUUUCUGGAUGACAUUAAAAAGCUUCAGGAAAACCUCAAGAAGACUCUGGACAACGUAGCAAUCGCUGAGGAGGAGAAAAUGGAGGCGGUGCCCGACGCAGAACGCAAGGAGGACAAGCCCGAGGGGCAGUCCCCCGUGAAGGCAGAGUGGCCCAGCGAGACCCCUGUGCUCUGCCAGCAGUGCGGUGGCAAGCCCGGCGUCACUUUCACCAGCGCCAAGGGCGAGGUCUUCUCCGUGCUGGAGUUUGCCCCCUCAAAUCACUCUUUCAAGAAAAUUGAGUUCCAGCCUCCAGAAGCCAAGAAGUUCUUCAGCACAGUUCGGAAGGAAAUGGCACUGCUGGCCACCUCACUGCCCGAUGGCAUCAUGGUCAAGACCUUCGAGGACAGAAUGGACCUCUUCUCUGCCCUGAUCAAGGGGCCCACCCGGACGCCCUAUGAGGAUGGUCUCUACCUGUUUGACAUCCAGCUGCCAAACAUCUACCCGGCCGUGCCCCCCCACUUUUGCUACCUCUCCCAGUGCAGCGGCCGCCUGAACCCCAACCUGUACGACAACGGGAAGGUGUGCGUCAGCCUCUUGGGCACCUGGAUUGGAAAGGGAACAGAGAGGUGGACGAGUAAAUCCAGCCUCCUCCAGGUGCUCAUCUCUAUCCAAGGCCUAAUCCUGGUAAACGAGCCAUACUACAACGAGGCUGGCUUCGACAGCGACCGGGGCCUGCAGGAGGGCUACGAGAACAGCCGCUGCUACAACGAGAUGGCUCUGAUCCGCGUGGUGCAGUCCAUGACCCAGCUGCUGCGGCGGCCCCCCGAGGUCUUCGAGCAGGAGAUCCGGCAGCACUUUAGCGCUGGCGGCUGGCGGCUGGUGAGCCGCAUUGAGUCCUGGCUGGAGACCCACGCACUGCUGGAGAGGGCCCAGGCCUUGCCCAAUGGGGUCCCCAAAGACAGCAGCUCACCAGAGCCACCUGCGGGGGCCGAGCUCUCAGACUCUAGCCGAGACGAACCUGAGGACGGCGGGCUGGCCCCUGGUGAGGCCUCCCAGGGCUCAGACUCGGAGGGCGGUGCCCAGGGCCCGGCCUCGGCCAGCAGGGACCGCACAGAGCAGACUUCAGAGGCCGCGCCGGACACAUCGGUGCCACCCAGUGUCAAACCAAAGAAGCGGAGAAAGAGCUACCGGAGCUUCCUGCCGGAGAAAAGCGGCUACCCUGACAUCGGCUUCCCCCUCUUCCCACUCUCUAAGGGCUUCAUCAAGAGCAUCCGGGGAGUCCUGACGCAAUUCCGGGCGGCUCUGGUGGAGGCGGGCAUGCCUGAGAACGCAGAGGACAAGUAGCCACCACCCUUGAGAACAGAGCCACUCGGUGGGGAGGGGCUGGAUGCUGCCCACUCACACCUCCGGGAGUCUCCUCUGCCCGUCUCCCCACCCCUGAAGCUAGCCCCCCACCGCCCUCUCCCAAGGCGAGUUUGAUGCUGAAGUGCAAGAAGUCUCUUGAGAUGCUGCCGUUUCUAUUCUGAAGCAAUCUUUUGAGCAGGCGGGUCCCCGUGGCAAAGGAAGCCUGAACCCCUCUGCAUCCCAGGCAGAAUGUCUCAGCUCUCGUCCCUGGGCAGCUCCAUGUCAGGUCAGAGGCAGAGGCUCCGGGGCUGAUGCUGGUUCUCUGGGCCCAGGUGCACCGCAGGCCAGCAGCAGGAUGAGUGGGUGUGCCUUGCAUGAAGUGUGGGCUGCUCCAGCAAUCCCCUGGUUCCCCUCAACCUCGUCGGCUCGACCUAGCUUCCCCAGUUCCUGAGCCCCCUGCUGCCACUGCCCCUGGCCCCCAGCAUCAAUGCUGUCCCCUGGGAGUUGUAGGUGCUGUCUGGCUCCUGGCUGACUCUGGCUUCGUGAGAUUAGAACGCUUCUGCCUAUUGGAUGUGUUCUCAGAAAGGACGAGAGCAGGCUUGGUUUGGGGGGACCCCAGGAGAGGGGGAGUGGGAGACCUAGGGCUGCUGGGAGAGAGACGGCAGUAGGUGCCUUGUGCUUCCUGUCUGAAGCCGGCCAGGGGGAGCUCGGCAGCGCUGGCUUGCCGGCCUUGCCCGCGCCCCGCUCUGCCGCACCUCAGGGCCUGCAGGUGCAGGAGCAGCAACACAGAGCCAGGGCGAGUGCUGGGGCCGCUCCCGGAGAUCCGGCCCUCCCCUCAGAAGAUGCACUGAGAGGGUCAUGCAGCUCCCAGGACAGCCACCCUUGCCCCUUGGGUGGGAAGGAGGCACCCCAUCAGCCCUUGGCUUACAAACUCCAUCUGGGGAGAGGCGGCCAGCGGGGCACUCCUCUUGGAGACCGGCCGAGGUUUACAAGUUUUCUAAGCUUUUGAUAAUGUGAAGCUCCAGGCUCAGAGGCUGCUGUUGCGCAGUGCAGCUGUGUAAUUUUUGGUGUACCUAUGUAACAUUUAAGGUUGAAAAAAUAACAAAAUCUCAAGAGCAAAAAUCUUAACACUUAACUAGGGAAAAAAAAAAAAAGCCAAAGCAUGCUGCGUUUCGUUGGCCUUAAGCUGGCCCGGCGCCUGUGCUGUGCCUCCCCAGCUGCUGGCGCGGGCGCUCCGGGCCCAUUCGGGAGCUUGCUGGAGAAACCCGGAGUGACUGAUGGGGCUGUGCUUCCGAGUACGUCGUCCACGUGGAGAUGUGAAUGCCUGCUGCUUACGGUGUCUGUAUAAAGUGCAGUGUGAUGAAACUUUUUUUUACUUGCAUUUUUUCUUUUUUUUUGUUUGGCUCAUUACAAUGUACAAGACAAGGUGACACCAUUAAACCUGCCUCUGCCAUU